AUGGGCUCCCAAGCACCCCGCAUUCGCCUGGCGAUCCUUGAAGCCGAUACCCCCCAACCGCAGACUAAGGCAGAGUAUGGAGGCUACGGUGGCGUAUUCACUGCGCUUCUUCGUACCGCCGCACUAUCUUCUGUACCCCCCGAGCCCCUUGACAAUAUUCUCGACAUCUCCGUGUACCACGUUGUCGGCGAUGAAGCUGUCUACCCGGAUCUGAACUCCGUUGACGCCAUCCUUAUCUCGGGGAGCAAGCAUAACUCAUUUGACAACGACCCAUGGAUCCUUAAGCUGGUCGAGUUCACCAAGAAAUGCAUCGACAGCGAAAUCAAGGUCAUCGGCGUUUGUUUCGGGCACCAGAUCGUUGCUCGGGCGCUAGGCGUCGAAGUGAAGAGGAGCGAGCUGGGUUGGGAAGUUGCCGUUGUCGAUGUCAACCUUACGCCCAAAGGAAAAGAACUCUUCCAGCUGGAUAAGAUGCGUAUCCACCAAAUGCAUCGCGACGUCGUCACCGCCAACCCGCCCGGGUCCGAGUCGCUCGCUUACACGAGCCUCUGCCCCGUUCAGGGUUUCUACGCGCCCAAGAAGUACAUCACCGUUCAGGGCCACCCCGAGUUCACCGGUCCCAUUGUCAGUGAGGUGCUCAACAUCCGUCAUAAGGCGGGUAUUUUCACCGACGAGAUGUUUACAGACGCCAUCAACCGCACUCAUAUCGAGCACGAUGGCGUCAGUAUCGCGCGCGGAUUUCUGCGUUUCUUGAGAGAAUGA